CCAAGUCACCCUGGUUGAAGGACUUGCAGCCUUUUUCGCAGGCCUGCUGCCGCCCGCCCGCCCGGGAAUUCUCCCAUUGGCUUCCGCACCGCGAGGGCACCGCUCAUUGGUGCUGGGCCGCGAACGCGGUGUGGCGACAGUUCCGGGAUGGCACCCGUGCUGAGCGACGGGAGAAUUACUUGGCUUGCGCAUCUGGGUCGUGUUUUGUAGUUACACUCACACCCGGCCUCCCUCCGCCGGAGCAAGGGCCCCGGAGCAGUGUGGCAAGAAGUUGGGGUACAGAGAGGGCCUCGGGUGCUGGGCGGGGGUGCAGCACGGGGGAGGAGGCGGCGGGGGGCGCCGCGAGGCGGCACCCGCGAGCCCGGGGACAUGGCGCGGCCGGACGACGAGGAGCGGGUGGCGGCAGCGCCAGGGCAGGCGCCUGCACAGGGAUACCUCCCUGUCCCGGGGGCCUCGCCGGACGCGAAGAUCGGCGCGGAGUCGCAGAGCGAGCCCAAAGCCUGCUGCCUGGCCCUGAAUGGAGUCCCCCGGGACAGCCCCGCGGCUGCCUCGGGAGCCCUGGGCAGCCUGCAGAUUCAGCUGGCGCCCGAGGAGGAGACCCAGGUUCGGCUGCUGCCCACGGACCCCGGGAAGGAGACCCCAGGGGCCGAGGGCUCGCUGGUGCCCCGGACCGCACUCUCCCCGCGGCGCUUUGUGGUGCUUCUGAUCUUCAGCUUGUACUCGCUGGUCAAUGCCUUCCAGUGGAUCCAUUAUAGUAUCAUCAGCAACGUCUUCGAGGGCUUCUACGGCGUCUCCUCGCUGCACAUCGACUGGCUGUCCAUGGUGUACAUGCUGACCUACGUGCCCCUCAUCUUCCCGGCCACAUGGCUGCUGGACACCCGAGGCCUGCGGCUCACCGCCAUGCUGGGCUCCGGCCUCAACUGCCUGGGCGCCUGGAUCAAGUGCGGCAGUGUGCAGCAGCAUCUGUUCUGGGUCACCAUGCUGGGCCAGUCCCUGUGCUCCGUGGCCCAGGUGUUCAUCCUGGGCUUGCCCUCCCGCAUCGCCUCAGUGUGGUUUGGGCCCAAAGAGGUGUCCACAGCGUGUGCCACCGCCGUGCUAGGCAAUCAGCUCGGAACUGCGGUUGGUUUUUUGCUGCCACCAGUUUUAGUGCCCAACACACAGAAUAACACAGAUCUUUUGGCUCGUAAUAUCAGUACCAUGUUUUAUGGAACAUCAGCUGUCGCCACAUUUUUAUUUGUUUUAACAGUGAUUGCAUUCAGAGAAAAACCUGACUGUCCGCCCAGUCAGGCCCAAGCAGCCCUUCAAGACGCCCCACCUGGCCAGUACUCCUAUAAGAAAUCAAUAAGGAACCUGUUCAAAAACAUUCCUUUUGUCCUUCUAUUGAUCUCUUAUGGUAUCAUGACUGGAGCAUUUUAUUCAGUUUCAACGUUAUUAAAUCAGAUGAUACUGACAUAUCAUGAGGGAGAAGAGAUGAAUGCUGGGAAGAUUGGGCUAACACUAGUGGUAGCCGGAAUGGUGGGCUCCAUUCUUUGCGGCUUAUGGCUGGAUUAUACCAAAACAUACAGACAGACUACUCUGUUAGUUUACAUUCUGUCUUUCUGUGGAAUGAUCACAUUUACCUUCACCCUGGACCUCGGACACAUCGUCCUCGUGUUUGUCACCGCAGGGGUGCUUGGUUUCUUCAUGACUGGUUACCUCCCCUUGGGCUUUGAAUUUGCUGUUGAAAUCACUUACCCUGAAUCUGAGGGCACUUCUUCGGGUCUUCUUAAUGCUGCUGCGCAGAUAUUUGGAAUUUUGUUCACACUGGCUCAAGGAAAGCUCACAUCAGACUACAGCCCUAAGGCAGGAAACAUUUUCCUCUCUGUUUGGAUGUUUGUGGGGAUCAUUUUAACAGCAUUAAUCAAGUCCGAUCUGAGAAGACACAAUAUAAAUAUAGGAAUUACAAAUGGCAAUAUUAAAGCUGUCCCGGUUGAGAGUCCCACAGAGCAAGAAUCAAAAACUGCUAUGCUGUUCGAGCAGUCAGAAUCAGCGAUUUGAGGUGGAAGGGGGCGGUAGUGUCACGUGGUAAUGAGCACAUUAUCACGGUUUUUAGGUGAUGGGAGAGGAACACUCACUUGUACUGUGUGGCCCCGAAAUGCAGUCCCUGUUUUUGGUUCAUUGUUAACUUAAGCAAUAUUUUAUUUAGAGUGCUUUUGUUUACAUCAUCUUAACACUACCGUUUACCUAACAAGUGUCCCAUUUUUCAUCUCAGAUGGUCGACCUGAAAGUAAGCUUCUUGACAUUUAUUUGUCAAAAGGACAUGGUUUUCCUUUUGUAGAAAACGGAAGCCUCCAUGGCUUUCUCUCAUGAUCGCGUGGAUGUCUGAUCCCGUUCAGUCACCUAAGAGCAUGGUUUGUUUGUAAAAAUGUCCGGGAGAACCACAUGCACCGUGUGCUCCUGACCCGCUCCCUGUGCCCCCGUGGGAGCCCCCCCACCCCGACCUCCAUGCGAUGCGGUGUGGCGACACGCUGCUUCCGGUCCAUCAGGGUCGGCGCUGGGACGGGGCUUCCAGACAGCUGCUAUGACUGGCCUGUCUCUAGUAUUCUUGUUACAACACGCUUUGUAACAGGUAUGGUCAGUGUCCAUAGAAACCAUUCAGUGCGGUCAGCUCCAGUCUCCUGUCUGAUGAGGCCGAGGAGCCAGACACGCCGUGAUCCUGAGUUCUCUGCUGUGCCUUCCUUCAUGGCAGACGUGGUAGCACUGUUUUUUUCACUCCAGUGAGACAGAAAAAUUUUGUACCUGUUGGCUUUUUCACUUGUCCCCUUUUUUUUUUUUUUUGGUGCAGUAUAUAACUUUCUAGUAGGAAAAUGCCAUGCUCUGUGUUACUGGCUUUUCCAUCACUCCUUGUGUCACAUCGUAUACUUUCACCUUGAAGAUUCCUGAGAUAAGGAACUCUCCGCUCCGCCUGGGUGUUCCGACUCCGUGGGGACCUCUUCAAGUGCUGUGCGUCCUCAUUCUCCCGUGUCAUUUUUGUGACCCUUCUCCUCUGAGAACUACGGCCCCGGGCGCGUGCUCCCUCCGUGUGUCGAGAGAGGGGCCCCUUGUCCUCACCGCAGACUGCACAGUGUCCACACUACAGGGACAGUCCACUCUGUCACACGCUCAGGGUACGCAGACCAGGACCAAAUGUGUCUCCACAGUGCCUACCUCUGCCUGCUGUUUACAGUGCGAAUUUAAAUGUUGUUGGCGUUCUGACUCUCGGAGCUGAUGUGGGAAUAUGGUCUUCAGAGUAAUGACGUUUGAACAGCCGUAGUACUUAUGUGAUGUCCACACUCACAGCAAGAGCCAAUCAGGGACACCCUUGGUGCCUCGGAAGGGAGUGACACCUCUGAUCUGGGCACAGCGCUCCAUUGCUUCUCCCUGAAACUCGGCAUCCUCUGUCAUCAACCCGACAGCCCCUCACGUGGAAGCUUCCCCGGGGGCUGUGUCAUCAGAACAACUUUGCUGGGAACCGUGAGCUCCAGGUCCACACCCUGGAUCUGUUUCUAGCUAUCCCUGUCACUUUCUGGGCAGCAUUUCCUUCCUCCAUAGAAGGAAGGAAUGCGUUCAGUGUGACCUCAAAGGUCUUUAUAAAAUUUUAGAUGCCAUUCAUCUGGGGUGGACCAAAUCACGGCACCAGAAGAACUCAAAUACAGUGGAGACGGUCCCUAGGCAAUUGGGAUAAACCACUGUGGUCAUUACUCUGUGGACAUAGGGAGUUUAAAAUCUGCUUUUAGCCUUUUAAUUCAGUUGCUGAUAGCUCAGGCAGAGUAUGCUGACUCAUUACCUUCCUUAGCUGUUGAUGGCACAGGUUUUAUGGCCAAAAAUAUAUUUUAAGGUCCCUCCUGUAAAUGAUUGUUUUUAUUUUUAAACUGCCAGUGUUGUUUAACAUAAUCAUGUAGUUGUUGAAUUCCUGAGGUUUGGAACAAAUUACAGAUAAAAAUUGGAAUACUUUGUUUUGAAAGCGUAUGUAUAUAUACGUCAUGGGUAUUUUUCCUUGUUGAUCAAUAAAAGAAUGAAAUAUGAUAUGAUAAAAUGCAAAAUGAAUUGAUAAUUUUUCUGUAUUCUUAGUUAAAGUUGUCUGUGAUAUGUCAGACAAGAACGUCAUAUAAUUCUGUGUCGUAUCUUUGGGAAAUGGAGUUGAGUAACUGACACUUGUAAAAAUUUUAACCAAAUGAUUCCAGAAAGAAACCGGAUGCUUUCAACAGCUGUUGCAUUGAUAAAUGUUGCAAAUGCAGCUUUUGCUUUUUGGGAAUGUGGGGAAAUGUCUUUAAAACUCUGUCAUGUGUAAACUCAGAGUAUUGUUGGGAGAAUCUUGGUCUACCUUAAGUCAUUCUUCAUGUUCUAAUUUUUAAAAAGAUUUUAUAUAUUUAUUUUUAGAGAGAAGGGAAGGUAGGGAGAAAGAGAGGGAAACAUCAAUGUGUGGUUGCCUCUCACACACCCCCUACUGGGGACAUGGCCCACAACCCAGGCAUGUGCCCUGACUGGGAAUCAAACCAGUGACCCUUCACUGCAGUCUGGUGCUCAGUCCACUGAGCCACACCAGCCAGAGCUCAUGUUCUUAUGUUUUGCUCUUUGUAAUAUUUAUCUGUAUGCUUGUCCUUCAGUAUUUCAAACUUGAAAUAAAUUUAUUUUUUUAA